AUGACGAUUUGUCGCGUAACCCUGUUCAAGAUCCCCAAGGAGGAGGAUCGCAAGUCCGUCCUUGCUUUGUAUCGCACAAUGCAGAAGGAUGCUCUAAAGGAUGGUGCCCCUUAUAUCCUCUCCGUCAAAGCUGGAUCAACAUUCGAGGACCAGCGCCGCCAGGGGUAUAAUCUCGCUGUUGUGUCCGAAUUUGCUUCCGAGGACGAUAUGAAAUACUAUGACAACGACUGCAAGGCUCACGCUGCUCUGAAAACCGUUGCAAAGCCAUUGUUGGAGGGAAUUAUGAUGACAUACUUUGAGCCAAUCGAGACCUCUAGCUAG